UGCUUCCUGGGGCCCGGCGUCGUCCGCCUGCCGCUGCGCCACGGCCGCCUGCGGGCCACGCUCUUCCUGCCGCCCGGAGAUGGCCCUUUUCCUGGAAUUAUUGACCUGUAUGGAACUGGUGGAGGGCUGCCAGAAUACAGGGCAUGCCUGCUGGCCAAUCAUGGCUUUGCCACCUUAGCCCUGGCUUACUAUAACUAUGAAGACCUCCCCAAAGAGAUGACAGAAUUCCACCUGGAGUACUUUGAGGAGGCUGUGAACUACAUGCUGGAACACCCUCAGGUUAAAGGUCCAGGAGUUGGCUUGCUUGGAAUCUCCAAAGGGGGUGAGCUAUGUGUGUCUAUGGCCUCCUUCUUAAAAGGUAUUACUGCGACUGUUGUCAUCAAUGGAGCUGUGGCCAAUGUGGGUGCAGUGCUUCGCUACAAGGAUAUCACCAUUCCACCUCUUGGGUUCGACCAAAGGCGACUUAAAAUUGACAAGUCUGGGCUUGUAGAUAUUGUGGACACGUUGAACAAUCCACUAGAGGGGCCUAACCAGCAAAGCUUGAUCCCACUGGAGAAGGCUGAUAGCCGCUUUCUGUUCAUUGUUGGCAAAGAUGAUCGUAAUUGGAAGAGUGAAUUCUUUGCCAUUGAGGGUGCCAAGCGCUUGGUGGCUCAUGGGAAGGAGAAGCCUGAGAUAAUCUGUUAUGAAGGAGCGGGGCAUUACAUUGAACCCCCCUACUUCCCAAUGUGUGAAGCCUCCAUGCAUCUGCUUGUGGGCAGCACAGUGGUCUGGGGAGGUGAGCCCAAGGCUCACUCUGAAGCCCAGGUGGAUGCUUGGCAGAAGAUCCAAGCCUUCUUCCACAAAUACCUCAAUAGCAACCAGAGUGAAACACCCAGCAAGUUGUGACACACUUAGCUGUGAAGUUGUUCCAUGUACAAGGUUUCUGGAAUUUCAAAUUUGUUUUAGUGAAUGUAUCUUUGAAUGAGAAUGAAAGAGAAAUUGAGAGAAUAAGAUAUCCUGGCUUGGUUUACAAUGGCAGUGGGUGGGUGGGGCAGAUACCUGGGGUCUAAUUAUUUGUUUAAUAAUAUUUUUUCUUCCAGUUUUUCUGCUGCCUUAGCUUUCUGGCCUGCACUUCCGCUCUGUGUGAAGUGGGCUAGGAACUGGAUGAAGAUGAUGGAUGCAAGAUAGGCCUCCAUUUAAGAAUGAUUUUAAGUGAGGAAAGUGGUCCAACCAAGUUGAAAAUUAUUCAGAUUUAUUUCCUCAGUAAGUGUAAGGUGACUUUAGUCUUUAGCAUCAUCAUUUUUCCUUCCAUUUCUGCUUCUGUUUAUCAGCUUUUGUAGAAGUAGGCCUUCUCUGUAACUUCUCAGCCAAGAUUUUUCUCCUAUUAUUUUCUUCUAUCUGCAGUGAUACAGUCUGCUUCCCUUUCUCAUUUUUUGCCUGACUGUUUGAUAUUCCUGCAUGUCAUUGUAAUUUCUCUGCUUUAAACAUUGUCAGCAUUUUUAUAUCUAACAACAGUGUUUUUUGUCUCCCAGAGUUAGCAGUAUUGUUGAUUCCUGAUCAGACAAUGAAUGGAUCUUUCUGUCUCUAGAAAAACAAUCAAGUGCUGUUGGAUCCGUCACACCUGAUGCAUAGGCAAAUAGCCUGAAUAAACAAUUGGUAUGAAGAGCACAAAUUACGUGUUUUCUCAGUGUUCAUUAACUUAUAAAAAUAAGGAACCAGCAGCACUGUUCUGAGCCUGUUUUAGCUGUGCAAGUUUGCCCACCUAAGCUAUGCCAGGUGUCACAAUGCGGAUCCACAAACCUUCCUUCUAUUGACUCUCAGCCUCUGUUGGCCAGAGGCUAUUAUGUGCCAAAUCAGAUGGUUUUGAAGGGAGAAUUGGGCCCUUAAGAUACAUGUAGUAACUCAUUUCACUUCUAAGCUAAGGUAGAUCUAACCUUGGUCACUAGAAGAGUGACAAAAAUAGGAAAAGUAGUGGAAUGGUUAUGUUGUAACACUACGGCUGUUUCAAAAUGAAUUAUAAAGUGGACAGCCCCUCAUCACUUUUUGUACUAUUACUCUACCCCGACAUAUCUAAGGAGAAUUUAGAGGAUUAAAUUGGAAGGGAAGAACUGAAACCAGAAAACACAUGGCAAUUGUUUAAGACAUGCAACCAUGGCAACAUUUUAUUUUGAUUUUUUUUCUCUGUGUGUGUUCUCACAAUCUUAUCUGCAGACUUUACUGACAAAAGAUUUGUCUGUUUGUUUUUUAAGGUGUGCAGAGCAACUACAGUUCCACUUAAUUUUAACUAAAGUUAUAGGUUUGCAGCCCCUCUGAAAACUGAGUACUAUGUUUUUGCUGUUUGCCGUAGUUCAGAUCAUCAUCGCCACAGCUCUGGAUUACAUUUUUUUUCUCCUUAUGAACAGAGUUGUUUAAAAAAAAACAACCAAAAAACCAGCCCCCCCCCCCCAACCAUUCUAAUUGCUGGGUCUAUAUUGCUGAUAGGAAACAGAAAAUACUCAUACUGACUUGCAGAACUAAGAUUAGGUUGGCUGGGCUGACAAUUAGAAAACAGCAUCUUUUUAAUUAAAAUGGCACAGGAAAAUUCUGCCAUUCUUAUAUAAUUACUUUUCAGAGUAUAUUUUUUGCUUAAAAAUAAAGGAUUUCAUUUGAAGGCAUUUACAAAUAAAUUUGUUUAUGGCAUCUUUGCAGAAAAUGCAUUAGAACAGAUCAGCCCUGCUAUGUACAUACUAGUCAUGUUGGCAAAUAGCAUGAUAUCGUGGAAAACAUGCCCACAAAUAGUAGCUCUCUACAUUACCAUCAGUGAGAGAGUUUUCAAAAAUGCUGAUAGCAGAGAUGCCAGUUUUGACAAAAUUUCUGUUCCUGAACUUAAUGAACUUUGCAGUAUUCAUUUAAACGCCUUCAUUCCUCAUAGUUGUUUAGAUUUCUUA